CGAAGUAUUAAAGUCCUUAAGUGCCUGUUGUCACUGAGUAGGUUGUCUGUAAAUCCCCCCUACACACUCUUACUGGAUCUGACACUGGUAGUUCAGUUGCCGUAACGUAUAAAUGUACGUUUGAGUACCGAGUUUACAGAGGAGGCCAAGAUAUUUCAAGGAUUUUACCACGCGCAGGCAGCCGGAGCACAAGAAUGGGCCAGUGCAGUUUAAGGACAUCCGAGCAGUUUAACGAGUUUACGUCACAUUCUACUAUUAAGAUGUGUGAAAAACGCACUCCUGGCAUGAUUCCGCAGGGAAAUGGCGAACGGACGUCUCUCCGUAUGAAGCGGUCGCGGACAGGCGACGCCGCGGGCACGGGCACUGCUCUGGACUGGUGUUUGUGGCAGAUACGACAGGCGGGGUGUGGAUUGAUAAAACCCUCGGAAGACAACAGUGAGCGCUUGGAUGUAAAGUUAUGGUCGCUGUUGUUGUUCUUGUUGCUCCCUGAAAUCUAUCCUGAGGAUUUCUAAAGGUGACGCUCGCCGAUACAGUCAAUAAUCCAGUGCUGGAACUGGAAGUAUCUGGAAGGCUUGAGGUGGUGAUUGAUAUCUGAGGGAGUGAUACUACCAUUAACUUUUUUCGUUUGGUUUCCGUUUACUGGAAUUGAAAUACUGAAAAAUGUGUAUUUGAAGACUUUCCCCAAGACAUUUAUCAUCAAAUGUUCUUUAUAAAUAGGCUAUAUGUUUGUCCACUUGUGACUUCAUGCCAGUCAUGAUCAUGUCAGCUGAUAAAAGUAAUGGGAAGCCCAUAACGUAUGGUCAUAUAUCCCAGUCUCAGGGCAACUUAACUGAGAACCUUUAUUUCAUAUGUUUUCAUUUAUUUAUUUUGCUGGAAGUUCAAGUUCCUUCAUGUAUGUAAUUUUCUUUCGGAUCUUAAACUAAACAGUGAAUGUUGAGCAUGAGAUUCUAUGAAAGUGAUGCAAUUUAAUUGAAUUUAUUUAUCAUGGAAUAUUUUAUUCAGUUUAAAUGUUUUGUACAGUGAGGAAUUCCACAUGACACCGUUCAGGCAUUCUUAGCAGCAUAUCGUUUGGGAGGUGUCCUGUGAUACUUUGACCCAUUAUUCAUAAAGCUAUGUAGAUAAGAAAGAUAUAAUACAUCACUGAGUAACGCAGGCAGACUCCAUCUUAAGUAAACUCACGUUUGCCAAGAGAAGACUGUAAGAAACAUUGGUGUUUGUAAAACAUCAGACAUUUACAAUGGGCCUUUCAGGAUCCAGACACAAACCUGAAGCACGUAUCCUCCUCUUAGGGCUUGACGGAGCUGGAAAAUCAACUCUUCUUUACAAACUGAAAUACAAUGAGGAUUUCCACACAGUUCCUACAAUUGGAUUCAAUGUAGAAAUGAUCGAAGCCAAGAAGAACAGGGACAAAAUCUUCCUGACCGUGUGGGACGUUGGCGGUCAGACAAAGAUGCGAGCGCACUGGAGGAAUUUUUACCAAGACACAGCUGGAAUUGUGUUCGUGGUGGACUCUUCUGAUAUUAAGCGUCUGGACGAGGCCAAGGGCACCCUGGAACAGACCUUAAAGAGCGAGCACCUUAGGGGACUCCCGGUGGUGGUUCUUGCCAACAAGCAAGAUAUUGUAGGAGCUGCUACAGUAACGGAGAUCACAGAGCAGUUUAACCUGAGAAAGAGUUGCAGUGAACGAGACUGGUUCAUUCAACCGUGUUCGGCGCUGACCGGAGCGGGUCUAGUGGACGGCUUCAGACGAAUGGCACACCAUGUGAAAAAGACACCCGAGGACAAUAACAUCAAAGAGACUGUGAAGUAUAUAAGAUCAAAAUCUCUUAUGAAAAAAUAGCCCACAUGGUAACUUAUUAAUCUCUUUUAUGGAAGGUUGUGUUUACUGUCCAACUAAAUAUAGUUGACAGCACAUCAUGUGCAACCCUCAGGUUUAAAUGAAUUACAUUUGCAAGAUACUGAAAACUACCUUGAGAUGCUAUAAACAAUGUUAAUUCAGAAAUUCAUGAAUAUAGCAACCAAACCUUUGAUGUAAAACAAUGAAAUUUGCAUAGGCAAUUAUAAUGCAAAGAUCAAAACCUGUUAACUCAAAGAAAGUGAUGUGAUUUGAAGACACCAUAAAAGCUGCUAAAUACUACCUUGAUUUAGAAUUCAUGAAUAUAUUUAUUGAUAUGUGCUGUGAAGUAGGUUUCAUAUUUUGCCUGUUUUUCUUUAUUUUAGAACACGACGGGUUCACACUUACAUUGUGAUUUGAAUGAGAAAUUUAAUCAAAGGUACCAUAGAAUGGUGCCAAGUGUUACCUUCAGUUAUAAUCCAUGAAUGUCUUCGUUACAGAAUAAGCUGUGAAAUAUACAGAACGUACUAUUGUGCAAUUUUACUUUAUAGCAUAGAAAAAUUCAACAAACUAGAUUGCCUUCUUUUUCUGUGACCGCAUCAACAGUAAUGGCGAGGACCAAGACGAGAUGUAAUAAAACUUUUAUUUUUAGAAAGUCACAUAGUCAGUUUCCAUUUUCAUUCUUGCUCAUCAAGUCAUUCAAACCCGCUUCCCUCUUCUGAACCAAAAAGAUCAGAAUCGUCAAGGAACAGGUUGUCCUCUAAUGGACGGAAGCUCCUAGGCUCCGGAGUGGUUUUAAACUCCAGCUCAUCGGUCACGGGACUCAUUUGGGUCGAGCUGAAUAAGAACUCCGGCUCCUUGGUGACAGAUGCGGAGAAGACCUCAGCUGGGCUGAACUGGGUGGUGAUUCCUCGAUUUGGCAUCAGAAGCAGAGGACCCAAGGUAGCAAGCUUCCAGUCUGUUAUAAAAGGGAGAAGGGUGUUUGAUUGCCACAUCUUGAAUGAAUAUGAUGAAUGAAACAUUAAAUCAUGCAAACCUU